ACCACCACGUCCUCAGCCCCAACAUGUCACUACUGCAGCCUCUACGUGCAGUGCGAGCACCGGCGCCGCUGCGCAGCUCGCUCCGCCAGUACGCCACCGCUGCGCCGCGAGCCGGGCCGGCGCCACGCCGCCUGCCGCCGCCCGUGCGGAGACGCAACGUCGGCGUGCCCGUCACGCUUGCCAUCCUGACAGUCGGCGGCGCCGCUGCCUUCUUCCUCUCGCCGUCCGCACAUGCAGAUGCUGCAGUGGCCGUGCCUCUGUCAGCAACGGCGGCCGCAGCCCUGCAGCCUCCCGUCUUGCCCGCCACGACGCGCCGCGAGCCUGCGACUGGCACCGAGCUGCCGCUCACCCUCACGCUCGACGCGCUGCCACGCACUCGCCUGCAUCUCGUCGGUCUCGGAGCACGAAGCGUAUCAUUUCUAUCGAUCCGCGUCUACGUGGCCGGCGUCUACAUCGAGGAGCGGGCGCUGCCGCUGGUGGCGAAGCUGACGCGCGACGGGCGGAGCACGGAGGAUGUCGCACGCGAGGUGCUGCGUGCUGGACAUGCUUGCGUUGUCCGCAUCGUUCCCGUGCGCAGCACCGACAUGUCACACCUGCGCGACGGCUUCCUGCGCUCCCUCUCUGCCCGUGCAAAGUCGGCGCGUGCAGCGCAUGCCCUGACCGAGGCCGACGAGCUGUCGCUCGAGGCCCAGCUCGAGGCACUGCGAGCCGUCUUCCCGAAGCAUGCGGUACCGAAGGGCGACGCACUCGACCUCGUCUUCGCCAACAAGACGCUCGACGUGCGCUGGCACGAGGAGCGCCUCGGCCGCGUGCGAGGCCCGCGAGGCGAGAAGUGGACGGGCAUCGCCGAGCUGCUGCUGGCAUACGUCGCUGACAAGAGCGAGAUCUCUAGGCCGAUUAAGGACAGCGUCGUCGAGGGCUUUGCGCACAUCGCAAAGACCGGCGCGGCUGCGACGGCCUAAGGUUGGGCACACAAUCACUAUACCUGAGCUCGGGCGGGCGAGAUGAUGACAAUGCGAGCAUGCUG